AUGUCGGCACUCUUAAAAAAGGCUGUCAUCAAUCGAGUCGGUCAGAACGAUGGCGACCUCAUCGUGCCCCUGGCCGAAAGACUGUGGGGUCUGUCUGUGCGAAAGAGUUCCAAGGAGGCAAUCUUGCUCAUUGAGUUUUACAAUGCUAAAACAGCGAUACUGGAUCCGGCAAGAUUCUGUCCAACAAGUCAUAAUGACCUUGUGAAUCUGGUUUCCUUGCUCAAAACGAGGAGCGGUACGUCACUCAAGGACCUUCCAUCUGAGGUCUUAGCCAACCAGCACAAGCAUGCGUGGUUGGCAGGAAGAUCGAACGAGGCUGUACUGGCUGCCAUGAAGUUCGCUGCGUCGAUAUGGUUGAUGUCUUCGACAUCAGGCUGGUCCGAAGACGAGAUAUUGUCGGAAUUUAUCCAGCGGAACCGUCCUUCAUGCACUUUCUCAACAAGCGCGACAAAUGCAUCAGAGAUUCAAGUCACAGCAAGAGGUCUCAGUCAGAUCGCAGGUAUUGACAUCCUCUGGACCAGCGACCUGAGAGAACACCUGAAGUAUAAUCCUCGACAGCGCAUACUGAGUCUCUUCCGACAUGGCUCUUUCCUGAAAGAGCGGAGCAACAGUGGCUAUCCUCAAGGCUUCCUGCAAGAAACUGCCUCGACAAUGGCGCUCCUCUUCCCAUAUGGCGAUUCACCACACAAGCGCUGGAACAGACGCAUUCGUCGGAAAGCAGAACCAGACGUCGAGGUCGGUCUUGCAACCAACCCGUCUCGAGAUCCACAAGACUACCAAUACUGGGGCGGACAUCUGAUCAGCAUUCAAAAGACAUUCGAUACAUCCAAACCGGGAACGCUUAGGCAGUGGAUCCAUGACACCAGAGACGGGAAUCAGUUUUACACCUUUUGGUUUGCGGUGUUCGCCAUCUUCCUGACUCUGUUGUUUGGAUUGAUCCAGUCAGUCACAGGGAUUUUGCAGGUCAUCAAAGACUGA